UUUCGCGAAAGGAAAAAAAAACGCGUUUUUUCGCGCAAAAGAAAAUUUCAAAAAAAAAUUGGUCGAAAAGCUAAGAAAGACCGGGGGAAACCAAAACGUCGAAAAAACCCGUUUAAAAAGCCGAAAACACGUGCGGAAAAAUAAAAAAACAAAAUCCGAAGGGAGCGUCCAGAGUGCGACACGUGGUAAAUGGCUGAGAGCGCGCUAAGUGGCGCUGAUCGUUGCCAGGCUCUCAAAGAAGCGCUCGUUAACUAGUUGCUUCCAAGAACAGUUCUGUGCUCCUUGUAAAAAAACAGUUCUGUGCUCAAGGGUUUCGCCGCGAGUAGCGGCGGCCACGAGCCCAGGCGACGAGGAGCGGCGGGGAAGAGGAGGCGGACACACGGCGUACGGCGGAUGUUCCGGUGCCUCAGGAGCGUCCGGCAGCGCCUCGGCACCGAUCGCCACCACCCGCAGGACAAUCGCUGUCAUCUCCUCUCACCGAUCGCCAACUGGAUCGUCCGGCACCAUUCAGCAAGCCAUGAACAGACCAGCGGAGAACAUCAGUGUGGGCUCUUGUGUCUUCCAAUUCAAAGUAGACUAUGAACGAAGCAAGCAGAUUCCCGUUGGCAUGGCCUUCUAUUCCGACAUCGUCUCCGCCGGGGGACACCUGUGGAGGGUUAAGUUCUUCCCGCGUGGGGAGUUAGAGGCCGACCAGGAGUAUGUUUCGAUCUUCCUGGAGCACAUGAGCAAGUCUAGAAGUGUGGAGGUCAUGUUUGAGGUCUUUAUGAUGGGCAGGGACAGCAAGCCAUGUAUGGCGCACAGACGAAGGUUCGUUCAAACCUUGGAAAUCAUGGAAGAUAAAGACAGCAGCGACUGCUGGGGAUGGGGUCAGUUCAUCCAGGGAACUAUUUUGGAGAAAGGUUACUUAACAGAGGGGCAUGUCACAUUUGUAUUUUCCAUCAUGAUCAUCGAUGACAACUGUGUUCUUGUCCCUCCUUCAGACAUCGGGACCCAUCUUGGCCGCCUGCUAGAUCACGCUGAUGGGACAGAUGUGUCAUUCAUCGUUGACCAUGAGACAUUCCAUGCUCACCGAGCAGUGCUUGCUGCCCGCUCACCAGUCUUUAGAGCAGAGCCCAUGUCUGAAGCUACAAUGCCAUCCAUCACGCUGCACGACAUCACACCUGCAACAUUCAAAGUUAUGCUCCGGUUCAUAUACACAGAUGAAUUGCCCCUAGAAGACGAGCUUGAGGACUCUUCCACCGAGAUGUUCCAGAACCUGCUUGCUGGGGCCGAUCGGUAUUCACUGGACAGACUGAAGAUUGUUUGCGCCCAGAAGUUAUGGGAUAAAGUGUCGGUAGAUACAGUUGCAACUAUCUUAGCUUGGGCUGAAAUCUACAAUUGCCAGGAGUUGAAGAACAGGUGCAUUGACUUCUUUGUGGUGGAGUAAAAUUUCAAGAAGGCCAUCUUCACCGAUGGUUAUGCGUUGCUGGUUCUGAAAUUCCCAGAGAUCAUUGCUGAGAUGAAAAAGAGGGUUUAGGAGAUGAUACAGUGAGAUAUAUCUCCAUGUAUAUAGUUCAGGUGUUCAAGCGAUAGUACUAGAUGUGUUUGGGAACGUGGUGAGUGGUAUGUGGCAUCUUAUCAAGCGUACUGGGGCGUAUUGAAUAUGUUUCAUGAGGUGGGAGCCUGAUAUUGCUGAAUCUUCUUGUUAGCAGUAUUGGGCAUAGUUGCUACUGAGUACUAAUGGCGGAGUGGUGGAUGUUCAUCAGAUAUCAGAUACUCGUGCUGAAUGAGCAGCUUUUCCGUUUGUGUU